GGCGGGCCCUGCUGCCAGCCCCGGCCUCAGUGGGAUCUGGUUGCAGAGGGCCGUGAGGACGACAUGCUGGUGGACUGGUUCAAGCUCAUCCACGAGAAGCACCUGCUGGUGCGGCGGGAGUCCGAGCUCAUCUACGUCUUCAAGCAGCAGAACCUGGAGCAGCGCCAGGCCGACGUGGAGUAUGAGGUCAGGUGCCUCCUCAACAAGCCAGGUGAGUGCAGCCUCGUGCCCUCGGGCGCCACCCAGGCCUGGGACACGGGAGCCGGCCUGUCCUUCCCCUCCAGGCUGGGCAGUGGACGGACAGCGCCCUGAAGGGGUCACACCCACUGUGGGAACAGGGCCGGGGAGAGGGCUGGGAGGCGCCGUCUGGUUGCAUCAGGUUAUAAACAGGCUGAGCCAGCAGGGGAGUGUGGACACAUGUUGUCGGAGAUGACUGGCCCACAGAGCACCAAGCUCAGGAACAGACUGUGGCUGCCCCCCUCCUGGGACGUGUGGGGGGGCGGAUUCCCCGGGGGCGGGGCUCAGGCUCCAGAGCCCAGGGCUGCUCUGAUGAGUGGAUGACAGCAG